UUAAAAUGGACAGUGUACUUACCAAAUUAUGAUUUUUUAGUGAUGUCACAGGAUGGGCGGCACGGUGGCUUAGUGGGUAGCACUGUCGCCUCACAACACGAAGGUCCUGGGUUCGAUCCCCAGGUGGGGCGGUCCGGGUCCUUUCUGUGCGGAGUUUGCAUGUUCUCCCCGUGUCCGCGUGGGUUUCCCCCGGGUACUCCGGUUUCCUCCCACAGUCCAAAAACAUGCCACCAGGUUAAUUGGAAACACUGAAUUGUCCUAUAGAUACCUAGCCGCUAGAUGCACUAGUGCAUUGUAGUGCCGGUCCCAAGCCCGGAUAAAUUAGGGAGGGUUGUGUCAGGAAGGGCAUCCGGCGUAAAAACUGUGCCAAAUCAAUGAGCGAUCAUGAGGAUGACUCGCUGUGGCGACCCCUGAAAAAGGGAAAAAAGCCGAAAGAAGAAGAAGAAGAAGAGUGAUGUCACAGGAUGAGUGCUUCCAGACAAAUGUUCAGGGAUACUCGGAUGAAACCUCCUUCCCAGAAUCUAGACAAGUGAUGUCAAAGGCCCAGUCCUAUCAGGGAAGAAUUCAGGAUGCUUGGUUCACUGAACCAACACAGCAGAUGAUGUCACAAAUCCAAUUGCUCAGUCAAGAUGGACAGUCCACCAUCACAGAACAAAUGACAGAAGACAAUCAAAGUGUUGGUUUGGAAAGCCACUGUGACAUUCUGUCAGCAGGACCAGGCCGACUAGUGCCGGGUCAAUGCACACCAGCAGAGAGGGCCAUCUUAGAGAUGCUGGGGGAACUGCAGCUCCAGGUCCAGCAUCUCACUUCUGUUAUUACCCAAAGAGGCCCCUUUUUGGGUAACAGCAGCCUGAAGAUGCCACCUGCACCAGCAGAUAAAGAGGAAGAAGAUGGACUUCCACUGGAAAGCAUUCAGGCCUUGAAUGACUUCAAAGUCUAUCUUCAAAACAAGAUCUUCAAGCAAAAAUUGACAUUGUCUCAAAGCAACUUCACAAAAUCCAGGACCAAUAGAUACAAAAACCCCUGUUGAGCAAGCCGAGGGCGACUGUGGCAAGGAAAAACUCCCUGAAAAUUACAGGAAGAAACCUUGAGAGGAACCAGACUCA